GAACUAGCUUAGCCAUGAGUUCCCAUUGUAGGCGCUGCGAGCCGACACCGUCCUGCUGGACUCGCGGAGAUAGCCUGUGCCCAGUCAUAAGCUUUGCCCAUUAUGUGGUGCUCAAGCUCAGGUGAUGUCGAUCUACUGGAAGCGGCACGGUACGGUCAGCGCAGGUCCCAUGGUCAGCUGCAAACGUAUCUGCUACGCCUGCCUUCAAGAUCUGAACAGCACAGAAGAGGGCGACGACCGUUGUUUCUCGGUCUUCGCACCGCAUAUAUCACGUCUCCACAAGCUAUUCGCGGGGCGGAUUGUAGGAGGCCGUGAAGGGUGGCUUGGAUCAUAUGUGACACGGACGACUUGCUGAAGGCCUGCAGUUAGGGACGUCGUUGGGACGACAAUCAGCAGGGUCACCGAUCUUGAAACUCCGGUGAUCUUCCGCAUCAGCUCUA